GACAUCGAGCCAAUUACCAGGGAAUCAGGUUCAAUUAAAAGGCGAGCAACAAUUGUACAAUGACUGCCGCUUACGCGAACGAUCCCAUAACCCAAGAACAACAGGCAGAGAAGAAAAUGAGCACGAUAAUUAAUAAAACAUUGUACAACAAGAAAGAGGAAAUAACACGUGAAGAAAAUACCGAAAUCGAUUCUGUGGAAAAGAUGAAGCUUGUAACAGGUGGCCAGGAUCAAAAGGAAAUCCCCGUUAAUCAAGAAAGGCCGCCGCUUAAUACAUUAAUUUUUGUCGAGCAAAGAGAUGAAGCUAUUUUGGAAUGCAAGAGGUCUUCCGAGAUUGUCGAGUUCCUGGAGAAAAAUGAAAAUAUUGUAACUAUAUCCAACAAAGAAGACGUGACUAUAAUCUCAACUAAAAUUCAAAAUGUUGAAGUGUCUGUAGAUGGUGAUCCGAUCAUCACCAAAUCGGCAAGUUUCGACGCGAAUGUAUCAUCGAGGCUUGACGUACAUUUCAACGAAAGUGACGCGGAAAAUAUAAUCUCGGAAACACGUGGAAAUGAAUCUCUCACAAAGAAUAAUUUUAGUAUGCAAGAAUUACAAAAUUCUCUUAAGAAUGUCACAAAAGAUACGAACGUUUCGAGUAGUCAUGAAAUUUCGAAUGGAUCGUCGGAACGGGCAGAUUUUCAAAAUAUUUCUGAAGACGUAUACGAUCCAGAAAGUGAACUGAAUUUCCAUGAGGCUGUUCGUGCUGGGGACGCUAAGUGUAUUGCGGCGCUUCUUGCAAGAGAUUCUGUGCAAAACCUGGACGAACCGGAUUGGAAUGUUUCAGGUGAUCCGCCCUUAUUAGUAGCCGCAACAAAUCAUUGUUUGCCUGUUCUCAGUUUACUACUUGCGAACGGAUGCGAUCCAGCUGUUCGUUCCCCUCGUGGUGAGACUGCUCUUCACAGAGUGAUUUUAAAUGGAGGUCCAGGAAAUGUAUUACAAUUUGUUGGAGAACUCCUAAAAUAUGGUUGUCCAUCAGGCGUCAAAGAAGCUGGCGGUGGAUUAACCGCGUUACACAUAUUAACGCGACAAUUAGCGCACGCACAAGGGUCGAAAAAUCUUCAUCAUAAUUUUGAAGCCGCUCUAAAAACUUUGGAUUUAUUAGCACGUGCUGGUCCUAUUAACGCAAAAGAUCAUCAAGGUCGAAGCGCACUUCACAUAUUAGCCUCUUCAACAAUCUUUGAUAACAGUCACAGAACUGAAAUUGAGUCAUUAAUUGAAACUUUGUUGGCUGCUGGUGCUGAUCCAUCAUUGAAGAACGAUCGUGGAGAAACACCUUUACACGAAUGCCUUGAGUGUGGUGCAUUAAACACAGCGUUUUUACUUGUUCCACACACAUUGACUGGAAUCAUGUCACGUUAUGGCGAAACACCAUUGCACAUUGCCUCUAGAAAAAACUAUCCUGAUAUGGUGGCAAAAUUAUUAGAACAAGGAGAAGAUCCUAGUGUACAAGAUGCUGGUGGCAACACGCCAUUACAUUUAGCUUCUGCAAGAGGUUUUCAUCAGAUAGUUUCUUUAUUAGUUACAUCUCCACUCGCACAGUUAGAGAAACUCAAUAGUGAUGGUUUGACUGCUCUCCAAGUAGCUGCAGAAAGUGGUUUCGUCAAUGCAGUAAAACUGUUGCUAAAAGCAGGUGCUGAUCCAAGUCAGACAGUACACUAUUGCACAACUACUCUUCAUCGUCAUCCUGAUAUUUCUGUCUUAAUAGAUCAUGAGUUAAGUAGACGUCGUCAACUUGCUGCCUGAUCAUUUCUAUUUAUCGUUUCAUUAAGAGAAACGUUUGAGUUUAGUGAAACUGAUCACCAUCUAUCUUUCUCCAUAGUAAAACUCUGAUAAGAAAUUUAUUUUGUUAUUCAGUUAACUUCAUUAAGGAAAUUAGACAAAUCUUAGAAAUAUAUGUGAAUUUAAUGUUUUAACUGUAUAUUGGUAUCAUAACUUUGAUUUAAAACUGCAUAAUUAAUCAUUAUAUCAAAUACUCUAAAUAAAAUCCCUUUAGCUAGAAUUAAUCAAAUUCAAAGAGAUUAAAAUACAAAUAUUGUUUUAAAUAUUAGCAUAUAUAAUUUCAAGUUCUCAAAAAUCAUAUUAUAUUCCGAUAAUAAUUUUACAGAUAUCAAUACAAUAAUUAACGUAUAAAAACGUUAAUGUUUAUGCCGUAAUUAAUUAAUAAUUAAUGUAAUUCAUUGUGUUGAAUCUCUAUACUUUUCAAUUAUGUAAAGAGCAUUUCACAAAUUUAUAUAGUUACAACACUGUAAUUUAGAAAAAAUUAGCUCAGAAUUUGUUAAUUUUUUAAUGUUUUCUUUCAUCGUUAAGUUUAGAUGUUAAAGUAUGUUGUAUAGCAAAAUAGUAUAAUUCUUUUUAGAUAAUGAAAGUUAUUGUGAUCAACAUACUUACUUUCACAUACAAUUUUUAAAACUAAUUAAAAUUGUUGAAAUGCUUAAAUAAUUUUGAAAUGUUACAAAAUCUGAAAAAUUUGAGUUUUCACGUGUAAGUUUUUACUAUAAAUAUGUUGCCAUUUAAUUGAGCUAUACUCUAUUGUUGUUACAUUAACAAAUGCUAGUAUUUGAUGGUUGAUCAAUGCUGUCUAGUAUUCAGUCAUUUGAAACUUGACAGAAAUCGUUUAAAACUGCAUAAAUGUUGCUAUAAUUUCUGGCUGUGGAUAAAAGUGCACUUUAAAGACUGUAUAAUACUGAAAUAUACAUUUUGAAUAAAUGAAUACUAUUGAUUUAGGUAUUACAUUAUUAUAUAUGCUUAUAUAUGUUAUGCUUAAUUCAUUCUUUUAUAUUAUUUUUGUAAGACAAAUAAAUACAUAUAUCAAUUGAAAUAACAUUGUUAUACAUUUUGCAGAAUAUAUAUAUAUAAGUCUCUGUAAAAAAG